UCGGGCGAUCGGGAGCACAGACUCGCUCUUGCCAGCAGCGGUGAGUCUUAUGGGGGCAGGGUCCCGCGAGCCGAGGAGCGAGGCUGUUUACAACGAUCACAUUCAACGGGAAGUGUUUGGAUGUGCAGACGCGGAGCUGGCCGAUCCCGUGUUGCCACUACAUUGCUGUUUUCAGUCACUCGUUGCAGUGCGAGGGGAAGGAAAGAAAGAACAAACUGCGCUGAACUGCGUUCGUGGAAAAAAAGAGAACAAGAGAAGAGAGGAGCGCGUUUUCAGUUUAGCUAAGAAUUUAAAGUUUUUCCCCCCUACUCUGCCUGUAUUGGAACAUAUCACUCCUUUUUGGAUCUGCUUGAAGAAGAAAGUCACUUAUUAGGCAGCACCGCAGCAUGGUGGAGGGGACCCGCAGAGCGUGCUGACGUCCUGGGAUGUGUGGCUGCCCCGCGCCCCUUACACCCCCCCGGUCUCCAGGAGCUGAAGACAGGGUUCCAGCCAGAGAUCGUGUGGGCGGAGCUCUCGGCUACUAUGGCUCUGGUCCAGGCCCUGCCCAUCCCUGCUGAUCACCUCGACGCCCAGCGCCGCCCCGUUUCGCGCCCGCCCCCGCCCUCGCCCUCGGGCCACGCGCCCAUGGGGUCCGUCAGCAGCCUGAUCUCGGGCCGCGCCUACCCGGACCACCACUGCCGGCCCGGCGAGCUCGGGGCCCGGUCCCGGAAGCCCGCGCCCAGCGCCAGCUGCUUCCGCACCAGCGGCUCCCAGGAGCACCUGGUGGGCGGCGCCCCGCCCGCCCAGAAGCAGCUCACCGCCGCCGGCGGAGGCGGGACCGCCGUCGCCGUCAGCAACGGCACCGCCAACUACGCCUACCUGAACGAGGACUUCGUCGGGGACUGGAACGACAACCACGUGGCCCCCGGCAGCCCCGGGAGCGACCAGGAAGAGGCCCGGGAGGGGGGCGCCUCAAACGGGACACUGGGGGGUCCCCCGCCCAAACUGGUCCCCGUGUCCGGGAAGCUAGAGAAGAACAUGGAGAAGACGGUGAUCCGACCCACGGCCUUCAAGCCCGUGGUGCCCAAGAACCGAGGCUCGGUGCAGUACCUGUCGCCGCGGCCAGGGGGCGCUCUGUCGGAGAGCCAGGGCAGCCUCAACCUCCUGCUGCCCGGGACGGGCGGGUCGCCGGGCGGGGCCGAGAAGCGCAACUCCUACAGCGGGGGGCGCACGGCGGGGGGCAGCCAGUCCUGCUCCAUGUCCGACUCCGGCCGCAACUCGCUGUCCAGCCUGCCCACGUACAGCUCCGCGGGGUACAGCCUGACCCCCGGGGACGCCCCGCCCGGGGGCCACCUGGAGCCCGCCCGGCCCGCGCCCGGACACGGCCACUCCAACUCGGACAGCGGGCGGUCCUCCUCCAGCAAGAGCACGGGCUCGCUGAGCGGGCGGGGCCAGCCGCUGUCGGACAGCGGGUCGUGCGGGGGGCGGUCCCCGCCCCCGGUGGAGGGCUACGAGGUGGUGGUGAGGGAGCUGGAGGACAAGCUGAGGGAGAGAGAGCUGGAGCUGCAGCAGCUCAGAGACAACCUGGACGAGAACGAGGCCGCAAUAUGCCAGGUUUACGAGGAGAAGCAGAAGCGCUGCGAGCAGGAGCUGGAGGAGCUGAGGCAGAGCUGCUCCUCCAGGAUGAAGCAGGCGUCCCAGAAGGCCAUGCGCGCCCAGCAGGUGCUGCAGCUCCAGGUCCUGCAGCUGCAGCAGGAGAAGAAGAAGCUGCAGGAGGACUUCUCCCAGCUGCUGCAGGAGCGCGAGCUUCUGGAGGACCGCUGCGCCUCCAUCCAGCACGAGCAGACGCAGCUGGGGCCCCGGCUGGAGGAGACCAAGUGGGAGGUGUGUCAGAAGUCGGGGGAGAUCUCCCUGUUGAAGCAGCAGCUGAAGGACGUGCAGGCGGACCUGAGUCAGCGGGCCGGGGAGAUCGUGUCGCUGAAGGCGCAGCUGCGGGAGGCCCGGGGCGAGCUGCAGGCCAGCCAAUCCCGCGCCCAGGAGGCGCACGCCGCCGCCCGCACGCGCACCCUGGAGCUGGAGGUGUGCGAGAACGAGCUGCAGCGCCGCAAGAGCGAGGCCGAGCUGCUGCGGGAGAAGGUGGGCCGGCUGGAGGAGGAGUCGGCCCGCCUCCGCGAGGCCCUGAGCGGCCUGGGCCCCGCCCCCAACUGCCUGGGCCUGUCCCACGGGCGGGGCCUGGUCAUGGGCCCCUCCUACCGGGAGGGCGACGAGCAGCUGCUGGCCUACGAGAGCGACGAGGCCAAGGCCCAGCGGCUGGGGGGCGACGCCCUGCUCGGGCUGAGGCAGCAGGCCGAGCGGCUGAAGGCGGAGCUGGUGUUCGAGCGUCGCCGCGGCGAGGACCAGCUGACCGCCUUCGAGGAGGAGCGGCGGGUGUGGCAGGAGGAGAAGGAGAAGGUGAUCCGCUACCAGAAGCAGCUGCAGCAGAACUACGUCCAGAUGUACCGGCGGAACCGGGACCUGGAGCGCGUGAUGCGCGAGCUGAGCCUGGAGCUGGAGACCCGGGACCUGGAGGAGGUCGAGGGGCCCGGAAACGAGAUCCACUUCGAGGAGAUCACCGCCACGGAGAUCUGAGCCAGGCUCCGUGUUCCGCAGCCGGUACUCCAGAACGUUCCGGAGCCGAAAGUGUUUCUUAGGAGACGUAACCGUGUCACAGGGAUGGCGCUCGGAGGCGUUAGGGAGAACAGUGACCUCUGCAGCAUUGACCUUCCCCUCCCUCAGGGGAAGGAAUAUUAUCUCCAAAUAACAGAGGGGAGAACAGUAAUUCAGUAAGAAGGAUGAAUUGAGUCACCAGCUCUGGAGUCCUGCGAACAGAAGUCAUAAAUAUCCACAAAAUCACGAAAGAACUCCCUCACACACACAUGCGCAUGCACAAGCACACAUACACACACACAGGUUUGUGACACUCUUCCAAAAUAUUUUCAUGUUUCUCACAGACUCGGGAGGUAUGGAUUCUUUUUAAAGGUCACAUGACUUGGGUUGCUGGGGUCAAAGGUGGAUACAGUCCAGGGAGCUGCUGGAUUUUCAGCUGCUGGGGUGCUCCCCAGUAGGGCCUACCCUGCUUUGAUGUUCCUGAAUUAGCUCACGCUACAGUCUAUCCCUGUGGGUGAGCCUGCAGUUGCUCACACAAGGGUCUGCCCCUCUCUGAUGUAGGGCAUAGGUUCAGUUUCCCCCUGCAUGAGCCUGAAUUAGUUUAGCAUACAGUCUACUUCCUUAAUGAGCCCACUGAGGCCAUUACUGCUUCAGCGUGACACGUGCGUGCUCAUUUAGGCUCCAUUGAAUAAAACAACACGCUUGAAGUAAACAGGAUUCGUGCUAUCGCCGUUUAAUCGCCGAAAUAAACAGUUGCGCGUCUUAGAGGGAAGGGAGGUCACGGUAAAAUUUUCGCCCGGUGCAAUCAGCCCGCGAGUCUCAAGAGGGCUGCUGCUGCGCUUUUUAUAGUACGCGAUGCUGGCUGCUGUGAGCUCAGCGGCGUUCAGAAGCGCGAAUUAGCGCGUGAGCAUCUGUAAUGGAGAAUGACAUCAACCCCUGAAGCCUGAAUAGCAGGAAGCCUCGGUUUUUUAGCUCGCGUGCUAAUUAUUGUACGUCUUGUUCACCCUUGCCGUGUGUUCGGUGGCGAUAGUUCAACACCCCACGGGAAGACCUUCCCUGUUGCCUGUUUGACAUUGUCAAACGAAUUUAUUUUGAAACAGUUUUAAACUGCAGGGAAGAGUGUCAGGGUUGCCAUAAUUUCAGUAAACGAUGGCUUUCCAGGGUUUAAGCCCUGUGCUCUGUAUCGGGUGAAAGAAACUGGACUGUUAACCAUCCCAAUAAGCAAUUCUAAUUUUAAGAUGGAGUAUUUUUGUAUGUGCAGUAUUUCAGCACAAAAAAUGUUUAUUUUCUCAUAUGUUCUUCUAAGGAUUGUGUUAGAUUAUGUCAAUGCUUUUCUCUUACUUGAAAUGAAAAAGAAAAUGUCAUGCAUUUACUGCAGUGGGGGGGAAAGCAUAGGAACCCUUACUUUGGGGUUUGGGGGGGGGGGGGGGGGACACUUACUUUAAUUUGUAUUAAAAGCUGAAACACAAAGCAGAAAGACUGAACUGUGUCACAAAUAUCACUAGGAACUCCUGUCAGGUCAUUGGUUCCAAAGGGACUGUCAAUCUUAGCUUAAACCCUCCUGUUCUGCACUGUAAAAACUACCUGAAAAGUACACAUUGUAGAAACUAACACAAGAGCACACUUUCUGUAGAAGAUUCAUAUAUAAACAAGAAUAUAUUGUAUAAUAUGCAUUUUUUAUAUUCCUCCUUAAGAGAAGGCUCCUGGCAUUUUAACACAGUAAUAUUUUUUCCAAGAGAUCAUUUCAGUAGAAAAAUCUAAUCUUCACUUUACAAAAUUUAGGGGGGGGGGGGCUUGGAGUUUACUGUACAUUUUUACAAUUGUAAAAGUGUAAUGACUGUCAUGUAAGUCCCAUAAGAAAGUCCCCCCCCCCUCAAGAGUUUUUCAUUCCAAGGGGAAAAUCUUCUAAAUUAACUGUUCACAUUCUUAUAAGAUUUUUUCCCCCCGCUUUAUGCAAAUACCUUGGUAGUUUUCCUGAAGCGGCAGUAAUGUACUGAAAAACACCACCCUCCCUCCCUCCCAACAUACUGCAUGCAGUUUUUCCCUCUUCUGUGAGGCGUUUUCCUGUUGACCGCCUUUGAAAGACUGUGAAGGAGCAGGCGUCAGCUCAGGGGAAGUUCCGUUUCAUCCUGAACCGUCGUUUAUUCACGUUGGCCAGACUGUUAUUCCGGCGCUGCGAUGUCCCUGUUGUAAAUAGCAUGCAACGCCAGUGCCCGCGAUGCAGGGGUCAGUGUGCGAGCGCUGAAAGGGAGCUCCUCUGGGAACUUUGAACAGACUCGUUUGUACUAAAAACCCCCUCGUGUAAAUACUCCUAUCGGCCUACUAUAUACACAGCAGCAUAUUCUAGAUUCUUUACAUGGCAUACAUAUCUGUCGCAAGUAGCCACACUGUGAAUAGACCAAAGCAAAUGUAAUGCAUCCUUUUUUUUAAAAAUCUUUCUGUUGUCCGUUUUCCCAACUUCUGCAUAUAUACUACAUGUCUGUUUGUGUACUAGUCACAUUUUUUUUUCUAUAUUAUAGUUUAUAAUCCACGGUAUAUGUAGCCAUUGUAUGUAUAUUUUUCAUGCUGUAAAUUUCUUGUACAAAUUUACUGUGUUUUUAAUAAAAUUGGAACAAAAACAAGAA